AUGCAAAAAGGUAUGCGAGGGUCUGCAGUCAGAUCACUGUAUAUUGCUUGCGUGAGACCAAUUGUCGAAUAUGGCUUAGAAAUUUGGCAUCACAAAAUUUUGAAAGGAGAAAUCCACAAGUUGGAAGUAAUGCAGAAUAUGGCUUUAAGAAGAAUUGUUGGUGCUUAUCGCACAACUCCUAUUGCGGUACUACAAAAGGAAGCUGGUAUUAUGCCAUAUAGUAUUAGGCUAAAAUUUAUGGUGGCACGAAAAGCUAUUCGUUUACACCUAAAUAUUAGCAAAACUAAUCCUAUUAAUGGUCAUUUGUUAACAUUGAUUGAGAAAUCUCCAAUUGCAAAGCUAACCACGCUUUACAUGUUGGCGAAAGAUGAUAGAGACUAUAUGAUUAAAAAGGAUGAAAAACGAAAAUGCAAGAGGGUUGAACCUCUUACACUGAAACAACAACAAAAUCAGACGAUUGGAAUUUUGAAAAAACAAGCAAUGGAAGAAUGGCAAGAAAUGUAUUGGAACAGCAGUAAGGAUCUGUGGUAUCAUAAUAUCACAGUGGAGUCGAAAUGUACUGAUAAUCUUUCCAAAAUGGUUACGGGAGUGAUCAUGAAGAAAGAUAGUCGAAGGAUCUUGAGUAAUAUUACUCAGUUUCGCACAGGCCAUGGCAACUUUGGCGCAUGGUUUAAAAAGUUUGGAAUUGAAAAGGAUAGUUACAACUGCAAAUGUGGAGAGCUGGAAACAGUUCAUCACAUUUUAGUUGAGUGUCCUUUGCUUGAAGAGGAAAGAAAAGGACUGAAACGGAUAUCUCCAGAGAUGGACAUGUCGACUCUUUUAAACAGUUUAACUGGCUUACAAGAGAUUGUAAGCUUUAUCUCUGCUUGGAGGGAUUAA